GGAGUGUGGUUGGAGGAGGUGUGCUGUGAUGUUGUAGACGGUGUCAGGUUUGGGAGGCGGGUGACAAGUUCGGCUGCCUGUGCAUACUGCACACAUCGAUAUGUGCUGGAGGCGGACGGGGAUAGCAGAGCACCUGAUGGCAACCUCCCAUCUCUGAAAAGACACUGAUGCCAAGGCUGCACCUUGUGAUUGUCACCAGCUUCUCUCCUGAGCUCACAUAGUCUUCAAGCGUCUUUGUUAAUUGUACUGUGCCUAAGGGAACUCUUACACACUGAGCCAACACUGAUUACUCUGGCACCAUGUCAGGGAGUUGCACCCCAUCUCCGGGUGGUCCUUUCUCUGCUCUGACACCAAGCAUGUGGCCACAGGAAAUACUUGCAAAAUACACACAGAAGGAGCAGUCUGUAGAACAGCCGGAGUUCCGCUAUGAUGAGUUUGGAUUCAGAGUGGAUAAAGAAGAUGGUGCAGAACCUAAUUCAAGUAAGCUGUUGGGUAUCCCACUGACGGAAGACCCCCAGCAGAGGCUUAAGUGGCAGGCCCACCUAGAGUUUACCCACAACCAUGACGUAGGAGACCUAACGUGGGAUAAGAUAGAUGUGACACUCCCACAUUCUGACAAACUGCGCUCCCUUGUGUUGGCUGGAAUUCCUCACAGUAUGAGGCCACAGCUUUGGAUGAGACUGUCGGGUGCACUGCAGAAGAAAAGGAAUUCAGAGAUGACUUACAGAGACAUUGUGCGGAACAGCUCCAAUGAUGAGACUCUAGCAGCUAAACAGAUCGAAAAGGACCUGCUUAGAACAAUGCCCAGCAAUGCUUGUUUCUCCAAUCUGCAAAGUGUAGGCGUGCCUCGUCUCAGAAGAGUACUGCGUGGAUUGGCAUGGUUGUACCCAGAUAUUGGGUAUUGCCAAGGCACCGGCAUGGUGGCUGCAUGCUUGCUGCUCUUUCUGGAGGAGGAAGAUGCUUUCUGGAUGAUGUGUGCUGUUAUAGAGGAUCUGGUGCCUGCGUCCUAUUUCAGCACCACUCUGCUUGGUGUUCAGACAGACCAGCGAGUACUGAGACACCUCAUAGUUCAGUACCUCCCUCGGCUGGACAAGUUGUUACAGGAACAUGAUAUUGAGCUGUCCCUCAUCACUUUGCACUGGUUCCUCACCGCAUUUGCCAGCGUAGUUCACAUAAAACUGCUGUUACGAAUCUGGGAUGUAUUCUUCUACCAGGGCUCUCUGGUCCUGUUCCAGACCACUUUGGGCAUGCUGAAAAUUAAGGAAGAAGAGCUCAUCCAAUCUGAAAAUUCUGCCUCCAUCUUUAACACUCUAUCAGACAUUCCAUCUCAAAUAGAAGAGCCAGAUGUGUUGCUACGAGAGGCCAUGAUAAUUGCAGGGACACUUACAGAAGUCAUGAUUGAAGCCCAGCGACGCAAACAUCUUGCUUAUCUCAUUGCAGACCAGGGCCAGCUGCUCAACUCCACCACUGCUGUCACCAACCUUUCCAAAAUUAUGAGAAGACAGAGUCAGAGAAGGAAAUCUGGUAUCACAACGCUCUUAUUUGGUGAUGAUGACUUUGAGGCUCUAAAAGCCAAGAAUAUCAAGCAGACCGCAUUGGUUGCAGAUCUGCGGGAAGCCAUCUUGCAAGUUGCACGUCAUUUCCAAUGCUCUGACCCCAAAAACUGCAACAUUGACAUGACACCUGAUUACUCUAUGGAGAGCCAUCAGAGAGAUCAUGAGAAUUAUGUGUCGUGCUCACGAAGCAGGCGUCGCAGAGCUAAGGCACUUUUGGACUUUGAGCGCCAUGAUGAUGAUGAGCUUGGCUUUCGCAAAAAUGAUAUAAUUACGAUCAUUUCCCAGAAGGAUGAACACUGUUGGGUUGGGGAACUGAAUGGACUUAGAGGCUGGUUUCCUGCAAAGUUUGUGGAGAUUCUUGAUGAAAGAAGUAAAGAGUACUCAAUUGCUGGGGAUGACUCUGUGACGGAGGGUGUCACAGAUUUGGUUCGAGGAACAUUAUGCCCAAGUAUUAAGGCAAUAUUUGAACAUGGACUCAAGAAGCCCUCUUUGUUAGGGGGGCCAUGUCACCCCUGGCUCUUCAUUGAAGAGGCUGCCAGCAGGGAAGUAGAAAGAGACUUUGACUCUGUGUAUUCUCGCCUUGUCCUCUGCAAGACUUACAGGUUGGAUGAAGAUGGCAAAGUAUUAACUCCAGAAGAGUUACUAUACAGAGGGGUACAGUCUGUAAAUGUGAGUCACGAUGCAGCUCAUGCACAGAUGGAUGUCAAGUUGCGCUCUCUUAUUUGUAUUGGACUGAACGAGCAGGUGAUCCAUCUGUGGCUUGAGGUGCUCUGCUCCAGCUUGCAGACAGUGGAGAAGUGGUAUCAGCCAUGGUCUUUCCUGAGGAGUCCAGGCUGGGUGCAAAUCAAAUGUGAGCUGAGGGUUCUUUCAAAGUUUGCCUUCAGUUUGUCACCUGACUGGGAAUUACCUGUGAAAAGGGAGGUGAGUGAAAAGGAGAAGAAGCCACUGAAGGAAGGUGUACAGGACAUGUUGGUAAAACACCAUCUCUUCAGCUGGGAUAUUGAUGGAUGAUGGUUCUCAUCUUCUACUGCUGACCCUAUGGAGUUUGACGGAACUUCACUCCUGCCAUGCACUUUUCUAUUCUUAUUCUACUGCCAAGAACUCUCUAAAAAAACUUGUUAAUACAUAAAGCUCUGGAUUUACACUCCAGUUUGAAUGUAGUAUGACAAGACCAGAGAAAUGCUAGACCCCUCAGAAACACUGGGAGGAGAUUGUGUCACACUUAUUGGUUCAACUCCACUUGAUUUACUCUUCCAUUCUGUCUUUUUCAUUUGGCCCGUUUGUUUGACAUUUGAAAGUGGAUGAACCAUCGCCAUAUAGUCCUGUAGCUGUGUGUAUAUACAAAUAUAUAUAAAUAUAUACAAGUGUAUAUUUUGAGACCAAUAUGUAGAUUUUUGCUUUUGUCAACACAUUUCCUACCUCCUACCAUUUGCUUUCACUACUGAACCACAGCACCUUCCAAAA